AUGCAAGGUUCCGAGCGAUUGUUAUCCCUCCCUCUAUCCGCGCCCUCUUCCCAAUCCUUGAAGGAAGGCGCCAUCUUGGUGGCUGCAACUUGGGCAGCAUGGCGCGUGCUGAAAGCUCUGACAAGCAGCCACCCGCUUGACAAAGUUCCUGGCCCCAGAGCAGAGUCAUGGUUCUUCGGGUGUAUGUUGCAGUUCUUCAACCCCAAUGCCUGGGAUUUCCACGCAGAAAUCGCGAAGAAAUACCCAGGCAUCACCAGGUUGCCCAGCAUGCAAGGGGAUGUAAUGCUGCACAUAGACGACCCAAAAGCAUUAUACCACAUUCUAGUUAAAGAUCAAAAUAUUUUUGAAGAAUCCGAGGACUUCAUCCGGACGAACGGCCUCGUCUUUGGACCUGGACUCUUGGCUACGCUGGGCGAUCACCACCGCAAGCAGCGCAAACUGCUGAAUCCUGUUUUCUCCAUCGCACAUAUGCGAGAAAUGAUCCCCACCUUCUACGACGUUGCAUAUCGGCUUCGCGACUCAUUUAGCAAGCUUGUCAAGGAUGGACCAUCUGAAAUUGACAUUGCUUCCUGGAUGACUCGCACUGCAUUGGAACUCAUUGGGCAGAGCGGUUUAGGCACAUCCUUCGACUCGCUGCAACAAGGAGCCGCUGAACACCCCUUUGCUGCCAGUCUGAAAGGCCUGAUGCAAGGGUUAUCGGUUAUUCCCUUCUGGCGUUUCGUUGUCCUCCCAAAGUUCGAUGGAAUUGGAUCCCCUCGUUUCAGGAGAUGGGUUGUCGAGAGGAUCCCUUCGAAGAAUAUCCAAAAGCUAGUCAACAUGGUCGAUGUGAUGCACAACACCUCUUUGGAGAUCUAUGAAAAGAAAAAAGCGGCUCUUGCGGAAGACACUGGAAGCCAUGAUGAAGUGGGUUCGCGUUGCAAGGAUAUCAUCGGAAUCCUGAUGCGAGAAAACAUGAACGCCUCCGGAGACGAGCGGAUGCCAGAACACGAGGUGCUUGGGCAGAUGUCGACCUUGAUGUUUGCGGCGAUGGACACGACGUCCAACGCUCUUUGUAGGAUCUUGCAUCUGCUGAGUGAAAACCAGCACGUGCAGGACCGCGUUCGACGGGAGAUCCUCGAAGCAAAGGAACAGGCAGGAGGCUCAGACCUGUCUUACGACGACUUGGUCCAGCUGCCUUACCUGGAUUCUGUUUGUCGAGAAACACUGCGUCUGUAUCCUCCACUUCCCGUUGUAAUGCGACAAGCGCGGCAAGACGCGAUCGUGCCUCUUUCUCGGCCCUUCACAUCAACCGACGGAAAGCCUACCCAACAGGUCUUGGUUCCCCGAGGUACCCAAACUAUUAUCGGUAUAAUGUCAUGCAACAGAAACCCUGCUAUCUGGGGUCCGGAUGCUUUGGAAUGGAAACCGGAGAGGUGGUUGAACCCUCUGCCUGAUACCGUGACUAGUGCGAAGGUUCCAGGGAUUUAUUCGCAUCUCAUGACUUUUAUUGGUGGCGGACGUUCGUGUAUUGGCUUCAAAUUCUCGCAACUUGAAAUGAAGGUCGUCCUUUGCUGCCUUCUGGAAUCCUUCAAGUUCACCCCAACCGACAAGAAGAUCACUUGGCUGUUCAACGGUGUUACUCAGCCCGCAGUGAUGGAACCCGGAAGUACAGACGUUCCCCACCUCCAAAUGCCCUUGAAUGUUUCACGACUCUAGCCGUGAGGCCCGGGCACAGGAUAUUCGUUCCGUAAACACAUUGUAUCAUUUGGCUAAUAAUCCCUACUCCCAGUUUCAUUAA